AUGAAGAUCCUCUUCAUCUGCACAGCACACAACUCCCUCUCCCAGAGGCUAUACCUCGCCCUCUCACAGCUCCAUGCCGUCACCAUCGAGUAUGCCCUCUCCGACGAGAGCAUGCGGGAAGCCGCCCGCCUGGCCAAGCCGGACCUCAUCAUAUGCCCGUUCCUGACCUCCCGCGUGCCCACUGACUUAUACGAGGAAUACCUGACCCUCAUCGUCCACCCAGGCCCACCAGGCGACGCUGGCCCGUCUUCCCUCGACUGGGUGCUCAUGGGCGACGACGGCUCUGAGUCUGAUCCUGCACAACUGCUCAAGAAAGACACCCUGAGUGAGAAGGGCAGGCCCUACUGGGGCGUCACCGUCCUCCAGGCCGAGGCCGAACUCGACGCCGGCCCCGUCUGGGCAUAUGAGCAGUUCCCCGUCAACAUCGACGAGCCGGGCCUGACAAAGUCGGGACUGUACCGUGGGCCUGUCACACGCGCGGCCGUCUCUGCAUGUCUCGCUGCUGUGGACAGGAUCAACGCAACCGCCUACACCUCGGCCCCCAUCACGCCUCCGCUCACGCCCGGAUCAAGCGCCUGCCCCAGCCCUGUGUACCGUGCCAUCCACCCCGGCCUGAAGGCAAAGCCCCAGUACAAGGAGCUGUCCGUCGGGCUUCAGAAGCCCUUCCUGGGAGGCGUCACGCACCACCGCCCGCUCCUCAAGGCCGGCCAGCGAGACUUCAACAUCAAAACGCACGGUGCCAGGGAGAUCUCCAGGAGGGUGCGGUGCGCCGACUCGCAGCCCGGCUGCCAGAGCUCCGUCUUUGGCCAGGGCAUGUACAUCUACGGCGGAGUCAUCGACGAGGGGUCGUGGAUCUCGGCUGUCAAUGCUCUCCCCGGUGCCAUCAUUGCCGUCCGGGACGAGGCUGUCUGCAUCAAGACGGCGGACCAGCACGGCAUCUGGAUCACCCACAUCCGGCGUAUCAAGAAGAAGACGGACGCCAAGCUCUGGCCCAAGGUCCCCGCGGUCUUUGGCCUGCGCGAGCUUGGGCUGCUGACAGACGACGCCGUGGCCAAGCUCUCCCGCCCGAAUGCCACGCAGGCCUGGUCCAAAUGCCCACACGGCACCUUCCAGGAGGUCUGGGUAGACUUCGUGACCGUCGACGAGAUCGGCUCGUCGCGCGUGGCGUAUGUGUACUCGGACUUCUACAACGGUGCCAUGUCGACCGCCCAGUGCACCAAGCUCGCCGAGGCCUUGGGCUUCGUGCUCAGCACCCACGCCUCCCAGCACCCGCUGUCUGCGGUCGUCAUGAUGGGCGGCAACGGCUAUUUCAGCAACGGUAUCCAUCUGAACGUCAUCGAGUCAGCAGCUGACCCAGCCAUGGAGUCCUGGGACAACAUCAACCGCAUCAACGACGUGGUAUACUACCUUCUGCACGAGUUCCCCUCUCGCAAUAUCCUCACCAUUGCCGGCAUCCGUGGAAAUGCCGCUGCCGGCGGUGUCGCCUUGGCUGCCGCGUGUGACUCAGUAGUGGCUGGGGCAGAUGUCGUCCUGAACCCUGCCUAUCGCGCCCUGGGACUGCAUGGCUCCGAGUACCACAGCAUCAGCUACCUCGGGCGCUGCGGGCCCACGGGCGGCAGGCGGAUCCUGCGGGACAUGACCCCCAUCUCGGCGUAUGACGCGCGGUCCAUCGGCCUCGUGGACCACGUCCUCCCGGGCUACGGCGCCCUGCUCGACACGAGGAUCAGGAACCACGUCAAGGCCGUGGUGCGCUCGUCGGCGCCGUCCACGCCCAACGGCAGCCCCAACACCAGCCCGAGCUCCAGGACCGCCAGCAGGAACCCCCUCAGGAGCAGGAGCAGCACGCCGAGCCUCAAGAAGAAGACCAGCGUCGCCAGCCUCAACGGCUCCGCCUCCUCCAGCGGGCCGCGGUACGCCCCGGGGGCGUGGAAGGCCAACGCGGACAUCACCCCGCAGGGCCUGAACCUCGCGCGGGCGACGGAGCUCGGCGAGAUGUCGCGGGACUUCUGGAGCCCCCGCGCCGAGAGGUACCACUCGCGGCGGGAGGCGUUCGUGCGCAAGAUGAAGGCCUCCUCGACGCCGCUGCGGUUCGCCAAGCACCGGCGGAGCGAGGCGGACGCGGGCAAGCUCGACGAGGAGGAGACGGACGAGUACGACUCGGUCGAGUACUUCGCGGCGAAGCAGGCGAGGCAGCUCGAGGCGAGGGUGGCCAGGCUGGCCGUGCAGAACGCCGCCAAGGAGGGCGAGAUCGGCGUUGCUGUCAGCGGGGACGCACCCGCCCAGCCCAAGGACCAGGGCCCGCUGUUUGCUUGUUAUUACAACCCACAAGCGCACGUGGCAUAA